GGUUUAUAAUUUGAUGAUAGGACUUAUUGGCUGGCGGCACGGACACCUCAGCAACAACCGUUGAAUGGGCUUUUUAUGAACUUCUUAGACAACCUAAGAUUAUGAAGAAAGCACAACAAGAGCUAAGCCUUGUCAUUUCACAGGACAGAUGGGUUCAAGAAAAAGAUUACACUCAACUCCCUUACAUUGAGUCAAUCAUCAAGGAAACAUUGAGGCUUCACCCAGUAAGCACCAUGCUUCCACCGCGCAUUGCCUUGGAGGAUUGUCAUGUAGCAGGCUAUGACAUACCUAAAGGUACAAUUUUAAUUGUGAACACUUGGAGUAUUGGAAGAAAUUCACAGCAUUGGGAGUCACCAGAAGAAUUCCUUCCGGAGAGGUUUGAAGGGAAGAAUAUUGAUGUCACAGGACAACAUUUUGCGCUCUUGCCAUUUGGCGCGGGCCGGAGAAAGUGCCCAGGAUACAGUCUUGGGAUUCGUAUAAUUAGGGCAACUUUAGCUAACUUGUUGCAUGGAUUCAACUGGAGAUUGCCUAAUGGUAUGAGUCCAGAAGACAUUAGCAUGGAAGAGAUUUAUGGGCUAAUUACACACCCCAAAGUCGCACUUGACGUGAUGAUGGAGCCUCGACUUCCCAACCAUCUUUACAAAUAGUGGAUAAUUAAAACCAUUAAAAUCGUUUUGUUAUAUGCAUGUCUCAUAUUUGUAGCGGUCAAAAUGUUUGUUUUCUAUCAUGGAUGUUCAGUGCGAGGUUGGGAAUUUCAAGUCA